CCCCCGCACGCUCCUCCACCGCCUUGCUGUCAUCAGAGGGUCAGUCCGAAGAGAGAGUGAGGUGGGAGCCUGCGACUGCACGUACGCCCUCCACGGCUGAGUGUGUUCUGCGUCCUCUGGCCGCGCGCUGCUUUGCGGCUACCGUCAAGCGCGGCGCUGGGCCGGCGGGCGGGGGCCGAGGGGCUGCCAUGGCGGCGGCGGGCCGGCUGCCGAGCUCCUGGGCGCUGCUGGCGCCGCUCCUUGUGGGGCUCGCACUGCUGGGAGUCGCGCCGGCCCCGGCGCUGGCGCUGCACAACGUCACUGCCGAGCUCUUUGGGGCCGAGGCCUGGGGCACCCUGGCGGCCUUCGGGGAUCUCAACUCCGACAAGCAGACGGACCUCUUCGUGCUGCGGGAAAGAAAUGAUUUAACCAUCUUUUUGGCAGACCAGAAUGCUCCCUAUUUCAAACCCAAAGUAAAGGUGUCCUUGAAGAAUCACAGUGCAUUGAUAACAAGUGUAGUUCCUGGGGAUUAUGAUGGAGAUUCACAGAUGGAUGUCCUUCUGACAUAUUUUCCCCAAAAUCAUGCCAACAAUGAAUUAGGAGCUGUUAUCUUCUGGGGACAAAAUCAAACAUUAGAUCCUAAUAAUAUGACCAUACUCAAUAGGACUUUUCAAGAUCAACCACUAGUUAUGGACUUUAAUGGUGAUCUAAUUCCUGAUAUAUUUGGUAUCACAAAUGAGUCGAGCCAGCCACAGAUACUACUAGGAGGAAAUUUAUCAUGGCAUCCUGCUUUGACCAGUCAAAGUAAAAUGCGAAUUCCGCAUUCUCAUGCGUUUAUUGAUCUGACUGAAGAUUUUACAGCAGGUGAGUUGCACACAGAUGUUCAAUAUUUGCUUUGAUUUGCUUAAAAAUUAAUUUUAUGAGUUUUUAAAAAUUUACUGUGCAAAGUCAUGGGUUUCCAUACAUGUGUAUUAUAUGCUUUGAUCUUAAUCGUCACCACCACACUCCCUUGUUCCUUUCU